AUGGGGGCUUCUCAGUUGAACGGACUGGUCAGUCUGACAGAGCCGCCUCCAGACAGCAUGACUCUUUACCUUUGUCUCCCUCUGUUGGUUGUGCUCCUGCAGCCUGCAGUCUGUCUCUACAACUGCUCCUCUGAGUAUGAGAGGACCCCAGACAACUCAGACCUGACAGUUGACUGUGGCACCAGUAUGAUCACUCUGGAGAUCAACCUGUGCACGGCUCAGUGGGCAGGUUUCAACACCACAGACCUGGCUCUGAAUGGGAAACACAACAAUUCGGAGUGCCGGGGCUCUGUCGACACCAGUGUGGACCCUCCCAUCAUCCGUUACCAGCUUCCUGUUAACCACAGUCUGGAUAACCCCUGUCGCCAUUCCCUGCAGAUUGUGGAUGAGACCCCGGAUCCCACGGGUCCCUUCAGCAGCUUCCUGAGUAUCCAGUCAGUUAUCAUCACAGGGUACAUUGACACACCCAGAUCUGACCAGGGGGUGAUCAGCUACUCCACAGACCUCUACUAUCACUUCUCCUGCCGCUACCCGCUGGAGUACCUGAUCAACAACACACAGAUUGUGGCCUCCUCAGUCUCAGUGGCGACCAGCGAUAAUAAUGGAACCUUUAUUGAUACAUUAAAAAUGGCUGUUUUUAAUGAUUCUGAUUAUGGCUAUCCAUUAGUGGUACCUUCAACAGGACUUGAGCUACGAACCAGGAUCUAUGUGGAGGUUAAGGCUGUUAACCUCACAGGAAAUUUCCAUGUACUGCUGGAUCACUGCUUUAGUACUCCCACUCCUUACAACAUGUCGCACAGUGAGCAGCACAACUUCUUCACCGGGUGUUCAGUGGAACAAAGGACGUCUGUGAUAAGCAAUGGCCUCUCCAAGGUUGCCCGGUUCAACUUUGAGGCCUUCCGCUUUGUUCAGCACCGUGACCAGCCAAAGUCCAGCAUCUACCUGCACUGCAUACUGAGACUCUGUGAGCCCAGCAAAUGUCAAGAGCUGUUGUCUGGCUGUAAUACCAGAAGAAAAAGAUCUCUGACUCCCUUUGGAGAAGAAAGCAGAGAAUCAGCCACUGUUUCAGUCGGUCCUCUUUACACUGCUCGACAAGUAAUCUCAAUUAAUCUCCCCCUGUGUGCAUCAGGUAAUGACAUGCCAUCAGGGAAGGAUGAUGUGAAUGUGACGGGCCUGGUGGUGGGGGUGGUGUUUGGCUCGGCUGCUGCUGCCUUGCUGGUUCUGGGUGGCUGGUUCGUCCUGAAGAAAUUUUAUUGGAUGGGAGGAUUACCUCAUGCCUUUGACUGAGAGAUCCACUGGCAACCUGUCUUUGCCUUGUCACCUGAAACCUCAUAAUAUCCUCAUAAAAUCAGAUAAUGUUGUGAUUUUUCAGUAAUAACCAAAUGUUCUUGUCAGGUGACCAUGGAAACCAAGCAAAUAACCUUUUCUGUCUAUAUUUACUGCAGCUGCAUUCAAUAGCCAUUUACUGGUAAUGGAGGAACAGCCAGGCUUGAACAAUGUGUGAUAAACAAACAUUAACUAAAGAAGCAAUUAUGAACAGAGCAAUUUUAAUAUUUUAUAAUAUUAUAUAAUAUUUUAUUA